AGCCAGUCAUACCCUCUCAGAGUCUGUUCUGCAGAGCACACACUGGUGGUAGUGGGUCCAGUAUGCUGGCCAAGGGGCUUUCCUGGAAUUCAGUGCUGGUCAAAGCCUGCCAAGACUUCCUGGGCACCAGCUGGCAGAGCCUAGCAAAUCAUCCCAAGGUGCUCACUAGAAGCAUGGCUGGCACCUCUGCCCACAGUCCUCGCCCCUUCCGUGAGAUCCCUUCCCCGGGUGACAAUGGUUGGCUAAACCUGUACCAUUUCUGGAGGGAGAAAGGCACUCACUACAUCCACCAUCACCACGUCCAGAAUUUCCAGAAGUACGGCCCCAUUUACAGGGAGAAACUCGGCAACAUGGAGUCGGUUUAUAUCCUGGACCCUAAGGAUGCAGCUCUGCUCUUUAAGUGUGAGGGGCCGUACCCGGAGCGCUUCCUCAUCCCGCCCUGGGUGGCUUACCACCAGCACUACCAGAGGCCCCUCGGCGUCCUGCUCAAGAAGUCGGAAGCCUGGAAGGCAGACCGCUUGGUCCUGAACCAGGAGAUGAUGACCCCGGAGUCGAUACUCAACUUUGUGCCCUUGCUGGAGCCGGUGUCCCAGGACUUUGUCAGCCUCUUACACAGGCGCAUCCAGCAGCAGAACUCCGGGAAGUUCUCCGGGGACAUCAGUGAUGACCUGUUCCGCUUUGCCUUUGAGUCCAUCACCAAUGUCAUUUUUGGGAAGCGGAUGGGGAUGCUAGAGGAAGUGGUGGACGCCGAGGCCCAGCGGUUCAUCAAUGCCAUCUACCAGAUGUUCCACACCAGUGUGCCCAUGGUCAACCUGCCCCCAGGGCUCUUCCGGCUCUUCAGGACUAAGACCUGGAGGGACCAUGCGGCUGCGUGGGAUGUGAUUUUUGAUAAAGCCGACAUGUACAUUAAGAAAUUUUACCAAAAUCUGAGACAGAAGCAGGACUCUCAGAACAAGUACCCCGGCAUCCUCUGCAGCUUGCUAGCCAGCAACAAACUGCCCUAUGAGAACAUUCAGGCCAAUGUCAUCGAGCUGCUGGCAGGUGGUGUGGACACGACAUCCAUGACCCUGCAGUGGAACUUGUAUGAGUUGGCGCACAACCUCAAGGUGCAGAGCAUGCUUCGGGCUGAGGUGCAGGCCGCCCGGCGUCAGGCCCAGGGGGACAUGACCAAGAUGCUGCAGCUGGUGCCUCUGCUCAAGGCUAGCAUUAAGGAGACUCUGAGGCUGCACCCCAUCUCCAUAACCUUGCAGAGAUAUAUUUCGUGUGACUUGGUUCUCCGUGAUUACUUGAUUCCUGCCAAGACACUGGUGCAGGUGGCCAACUAUGCCAUGGGCCGGGAACCCAGCUACUUCUCCAACCCCAUCACUUUCAACCCAAGCCGAUGGUUGGACAAGGACAAAAACCUCACCCACUUCCGGUACCUGGGCUUCGGCUGGGGGGUGCGGCAGUGUCUGGGCCGGCGGAUUGCAGAGCUGGAAAUGACCAUCUUCCUCAUCUAUGUGCUGGAGAACUUCAGGAUUCAGUUGAAGCAGUUCAAAGAUGUGGGCACCAAGUUCAACCUCAUCCUCGUGCCUGAGCAGCCCAUCUACUUCACUUUCCUGCCCUUCAAAGAGGACACGGCCCAGGUGUGAUCACAGGUGGUGUCCCUGACCUCUACCAACCAGGCUGAAAUUGUGUGGGUAGAUGGCUGAGUGGGUGCCACUGGGCCUUGCACCUGUGGUGCUGUGUCCCCACUCCUUCAGGGCAGGUGGUUUGGCUCAGUGGCCACCUGGGCCAGCUCAGAGCCGUCUUUCUGUCACCUCUGGCCCACUCUUCUCCAUCUCCUGCCCUGGAGUGGGAAGACAAUAAAUGGCUGAACUAUG